GUGACGAGUAAGUACGAGUGGCGUCAAUGUGGUUGAGUAACAGACUUUUACUCAGAUUUCAGAGAGUACACUGGUACCAAGCGUGGCUCAUACUUUCCCCAACGGUCCUGUUCAUUUACCGUAGCACUCCAACAAGGCAGGUCUAUGUUAUGAUGCACGGUACCUGGUAGUAGAUUGGCUUUCCCUCCUCCACAACGACAGAUUCUUUGGUGUGACCUUACUUUACUAACUAGUUCAUACGGUACAGCAAUGCACAUGAAUACUAGUAUUUGUGUUUGGCAAUGAAGGGGAGGGGGCACUGCUGCCAUGUCAGCCAAAUCAGAGUAAGAAUCUGGUGAUUGCCAACUACCGUACGGUAUGUACCGUUCGACGUGAUUGAUGGCCACAACCGUACCGUCUUAUCUUGUUGGCAUUGAUAGAUGUGUAAAAUAAUACUCAUGAUCACUCUUGCUCAAAGUUUGUUCGUUCGUUCGUUCGUUUCAUGUACGGUACUGAUAGCUGGGAAGGGCCAAUAACGUGGAGUGGAGUGGAGUGGAGUCCACCGAGGAAAGUAGUCUGUUGGUAGCUCAACCCGAGCACUAAAAUAGUAAGUAACCAUGCUAUGCUGACGUUUGCUGACGUUCUGUCUUGGUUGGACGCACAUUUAUUAGUCGGUAUCUUGGUAACGUCUGUAUUCCAAUGCGAGCUUGCUUGCUUGGCGCACCUUCUCUUUGCCGAAGCUGCCAUUGGCACGGAAAAAUCUUGCCGUUGCAUUUUUAGAGUGUUGCACGAGUUGCUCACUCACUCCUCAAAAUAAUCCUUUCAAGGGUAUCUUGUGGUAGGUAGCAUUGCUGCUCAUUUUCAUUUUCCUACCAAAAAAAAGAAGAAACAUCGAUAAAGGACCACCUGAAGCUACCUGAAGCUACCUUAAGCUACCUGAAGCUACCUGAAGCUAACUGAAGCUCGACAAUGACGGUAUCGUGGUUCCUCGCGAGUCUGCUGCUGUUUGCCAGUGUGGCUUUCAGCCAUGCCGCCGCCAAAUCGGCCAACCAUGGCAAAGCGUUGACGGACUGGUUAAAUGGCCACAAUGGCCAACUGCACAAGAACCUAAAGCUAGUUCAAACGGGCGGCAAGGAUAGUCCGUUUUACGGAAUGUUUGCAACGGCGAAGAUCCAAAAGGACCAAGUCUUGCUGGAAAUCCCGGGAAAAUUGGUCGUGAGACCCGAUGCGGAUCGUCCGUUGGCAUUGGGAGAUCGUGUCACGGUCUGGUUUGGUCCUCCGCAUCAAGAAUGGUUUACGGGAACCAUCGAGUCGAUGCAAUCGAAUUUGCUACAAGUCCAAUUUGACGAUGGCGAUUACGAAACGGUCGAUAUCCACACGGCCCGUUGGGAACGCGAAGAAGACCUCGAUUGCGCCACGGUACGACGAGUACUCGAUGAAAACAAACUGGGCGAUAGUAGUAUUGUAGCGCCUUAUAUUGCCUAUUUGAACAGUCAACCACGAGGACAAGUUCCUUCGGCAUGGACGGAUGCGGGAGUGGAUCUCUUUCAAGAAGUACUCGGCCUCAGUCAUGGACCCAAAAAAAUGGAUCCUUACACGCACCGGGAUGUUUCUUCCCGCACUUUAUUACCACCAGAAGUCGACGAAUCCGCAUAUGCCAGUCAAGAAUUUCUAGAUCGCUGUGGCCACUUGUUGCAAGAUGACGACAAUGAAGAAGAUGCCCUCAAUUACUACUAUCUACUCAAUCAACGAGGAUGGGAUGAACUCAUGAUUCCCGUGUUUGACAUGAUGUCCCACGGAAAUGGACGGUUACUCAAUACGCAUCACGAUUCCGUACGCAACGCCCAAGGAGACGGUGUGGCCGAUGUCAUUAAAGUGUAUGCGUCUCGCGAUAUUGCCAAGGGAGAAGAAAUUACCACCACCUACAACUUUUGUGCCAAUUGCGAAAAUCGAUUCAUGGGAUAUGGAACACCCGAAUUGCUACGAGAUUACGGAUUUGUCGAAGGAUUUCCGCAACGAUGGUUCUUUCACAAGCAGGAAAUUGGAUUUGAACUUGACCAAUUGGAAGGGGAAGAUUUCAGACUCACGUGGUUGUUGCCCCGCCCACACCCAAAGGCAUUGGAAUGGUUGCAAGGACAACUCGGACGACUCCAAGAUUUGCCAAAGACGUAUCUCCAAAACAAGGCCGUCUUUGAUCGAUACGAUGCUUUGGAUGAAAACAAUGGUCCCAUGCCUCCACACGAAUUCGAAACACUCCAGCGAUACCAACAGGCACUUAUUGUCGCCAUUUCCGAAUGCCUCAAAGCGGCCGGCGUCGAUGUCGACAAGGGAUGCACUGAUACUACUACUACUACGGAUGGUGCCAGUCAAACCUGUGGAUUGUCGGCAUCGGCAAAGACUUAUGGCAAUCUCGAUUUUCACCAUCCCAAUGAAGAAUACUGGAAUGAUGAUCGACCCAUGGCGUGUGCCGAAGGACCCAAUGGAGAAAAUCAUCCCUAUCACACAAAUGCGUACAAGACUUUGCAAAUCAUUAAGAGUCCCUACCAGGAAAUUGAAUUCUUUCAGAAUACUGACCGCAAUGAUGAUACCUGUUUUCAACUUGAUCGAGUCACCCAAAUCUGCACCAGUUACCGUCCCGAUUAUCACGAAAUGUGCGUACACAACACGGCACGAUACCUAGAAGAUCCUCUCAAACGAGUCGUCUUUGUAGGAGGAGGAGAUUCCAUGUUGCUGCAUGACAUUAUCAAAUACCCUACCUUGGAAAAGGUCGUUGGAUUGGAAAUUGAUCAGCAUGUUACGCGAGCGUCCUUUGAACACUUUGGAUCCGAACCACACUGGGACAACCCCAAGGUCGAAUGGUGGUUUGGUGAUGCCUCCAAGAGUCUACUCAUGCUGCCACAAGACUACUUUGGCAGUUUUGAUCUGGUGCUGGUGGAUCUAUCCGAAACGGCUGCCUCCCUCUCGGUCACGGAUCAUCUCAAUGUCAUGGAAGCGCUCUCACUGCUCUUGCAACCCAAGGGAAUUCUCAUGAAGAACGAGUAUAACUACUUUCCCGAACAAAAGCAUGUCUUUCGGGAUACACUCCACAUUCACUGGUACGAUGUCACCUACGUGUGCAGUCAGUCCCUGGUCAUGGGAAGCAACGGCAUUGAUUUCAUGAGAGGCAAGUACACUCCCAAUGACCAAAUUGAUCAUCUCUACAAGAGAUUGCUCGAUGACCCCAAAAUGCAGUAUGGGUACCUUCAUGACUACCAAAAGAACUACACCAAUCCUGUCCCGUACUGCACCAAGGAGGUCAAGGAUGAAGAGGUGCAAGAGAGCAGUCCCGGGAUUCUCAUGAUUAUCGAAGCCGAAGACACAAAGGUGGAUCUCCAGGCGUUGGAUACAACCGUCAAGGGAUUGGUGGAAAAAGCCAUGACCGACAGUGGAUUCACCGUCACCAAGUCCUUCAAACCGACCGACACGAUUUUGGUGACCAUCCUCGGCGAAGGCUAUGUCGUGACUCGUGUUUAUCCAGAGGAGGACUAUGUCGGCUUUGACUUUCAACUCUGGAGCAGCUUUGAAAAGCAAGAAGUUGGAAAGAGAGCUUUGAUUGAAGCCAUGGGUAGCGACUUUGAAGGACGCAGCUCGUCGUCGUACCGAGUUGCCACGGGAGGAAUGUUUGGCAUUGGCACCUGGAAAGAAGACGAAAAGAAUCGAGGACCCAAGUUGCCGAGCUGUGAUGAGGUGGAAGAAAAGGAGCCACCCAAGGAGUAUGACCAAAUGGAUUCCAUUGACGCAGUGAAAGUUGCGGUUCAGGAGAGUAUUGGUGUCAUUACCGACGUUCCAGAGGACUUGGUGGUGGCUGUGCUCUGUGGACGUGAUUCUACUUGUCACGCGGCGGAAACUCUGAAGGAUGUCGAGCGUGUAUCCCAGAUUGUGACGUUGACGGCCUGCCCUGGAACUCAAGACUAUGAGUUCAUGCCAGAUGGAGCUCGUCGCAUGGCCGAUUGUGAAAUUGAACUUUGGAAUACUUUGAAGGACACUAUUCCUUCCACGGACGACAAGAUUCGCGCGGUUGUGGUCGAUCCAACUGCCACAGAGAGCCUUGCCAAGAUUAUGAUCCGACUCAUGUUGAGUCCGGUUAAUGAAGAGAUCUUCUUCGCAGAGAACAUGACUGUCACUGCUCCCUUGGUGGACCACUCCGAAGGCUGGAGGCGUUCGUUUGUUGAUCGCUUUCGCACCCAUAUCUAUCCGGAUGAUCCCAGUCAUCGCGCGGAAGUCCACUUUAACAGUACAACCAGCAGCUUCAUGGUGGCAAUGUUCAACAAUGGCGAUUUUAACUUUGGCGAACGUCUUGUGGAGUUUAUCAACAAGACCGAGGCACGCACUCAACUGAUUGGAGAAAUUGAGAACGUUCGUGGCAACACCUAUGACGGUUUCAUCGUCACCGACCCUCAUCUUGUACCAGACAACUUUACCGAUGCCGAUUUUGAUCAAGAGAGCCAGCUCGAGCAUUGGCAAGCCCAGAAGCCUCUUGGAUUCCAAGUCAUCUUCCAAUUUGAAAUUACCCAAGAACGUGCCAAGACUAUGCACUUGGACAGCACGCAAGCUUUGUUCCACAGCGGUCUUCAAAAGACAAUUGUAAAACAGAACUACAAGAUUCAAUACGAGAGUUUCUCCGAAAUUGGCUAUGGAUUCCUGAUCAAUGCUGUUUGGACCGGGGGAACUGCGAUGCUUUUGUUUGACGGGCGAGGGCACAUGGACGUAAAUAUCUUCUCCUACAAAGAAGACUUCCGAGGUAUCUACGCCUUUGACAAGACGUUUACUGAAUGCACAACCUACACCAAGCACUGCAACCCAGGAAUCACGAGGACUCUUCGCGACUCCCAGCCACGAGGAAAGGGCCGUGUCGUGAGCUUCAUGGCGGAUUUGGGAGGCUUUGACGAAUCAGGCAUUCCGGUCAAGAUCCCACUUUGGGCACCCGAAGACAAGCAAGCGCCGUACUCUCCACCAAGUCCUGAUAGCAACGGUAAGACUGCACUUCCCUGCGCUGGCGGUGCCAAGUGUGCCGCCGCCUGAGGCUGACCCUUUCGUACGAUUAUUUGAUGUCAUUGCUACUUGUUCGAUUGGUGACUUGCCGGGGCUUUUGAUAGAGGAGUAAAGCAUUAGGCAUUUGUGUUUAUCUUUU